ACAAAACACCCCCAUACAGAAGACGCCUUCCUCCAAUGACUCUUAUGUGUAAUGUAAUGGAACAAAUAGUCAUGAUCAAGGGCUAGGUUUACGGUAGGAGCGUCUCAAGGAUCCCAUAUAGCAAUAGCCAUAGCCUCUCGCCGGCCGAAGUCAGUGUUGCAGCUGUGCGCCUGCGUACGGUAGUCCCAUGUGUUGUGAAUACAUGCAUUGUCAAAGUUGAGUGCAAGCUAGAUAUUUUACAACUGGAGCUGUGGCUUCUACAGACAUACUUGCGUACCAGUUGGAAUAUGGAGAGACUCGUGCAGGCCAGCCUACCUCCUGAUCAGGGACACAUUCUGGGUAUAGUGUCUCAGAGUGAUAAGCAGGCGGAGAUGUUCACAAAUGGCUUUCUGAAGAACAGUUUACCGGGUAUGAGCAAGAAGGAAAUUGGCGACUUCAUGCUUCACAAGGCUGUGGUUCUAAAGUAUGCGAAAAAGGAGAAGAAAAAGAAAAACAAAAAGAGAGCCAAGGGUCUCAAUGCUAAACAAAGGAGAGAGAUGAAGGUCUUUCAGCUGAAACCAGAGCACCAAAAAUAUGAGCUUUUCUUGCCCUUGCAUGAGCUAUGGGAACAGUACAUCAGAGAUCUGUGCAACGGAUUGAAACCAGAGAGCAACCCACAGACAAUUCAGCAGAGGCUGUUGAAGGCUGAUUUUCACGGUGCCAUUCUUACAGUGGCCAGGUCCAAAUGCCCCUCGUAUGUAGGCACCACAGGAAUCCUAGUGCAGGAGAUGAAACAUGUCUUCAAAAUCAUCACAAAGGAGGAUAAACUGAAAGUCAUACCGAAGCGAAACAGUGUGUUUGCUGUGGAGAUCGAUGGCUUUGUCUCCCAUAUCUACGGUAGCAAGUUUGAACUCCGCUCAAGCGAGCGAUCCGCAAAGAAAUUUAAAGUCAAAGGAACCAUAGACCUGUGAUCCUGUUGGAGUGUAGUAAUGAGACUGAGCUCAGAGGCUCAAAGGACAGAGAAGUAAACAACUCCUGUCAGGAUCUAUAAUAAGGACUAUCACCAUCUUCAAUUUUAUUUUCAAGUCAUACGCGAACCUCGGCUUCUGUUUUUGAUGCAAGUCCUGUUCUAUAGCAUUUUAUACUGUGGCAAAGACAGAAGACCUGACAAACUCAAAGCAAUCAGAACAUAGUUGUGAUUAGAGAGCAUUUGUGUUGGUAUUUUUUUUUUGUAAACGUGUCCAUUGAUUGGUCAAUGAUUUAAUUGUAAAUACAUUGAUCUGUUUUGAGCAACACGACCUAUGUCCACAAGGUGGCACUAAAUCAAUCUGCUUCAAUGUAUGUACAAUAAACAUAUCUAUCUCUAUA